AUGGGUGUCGGUGUGAAGAGCGAAGAAGACGAAGGACCAAGCAAAGAGAGCGGAGCAGCGAACCCUUUGCGUGAUGGCUCAUUUCAGCAUUUGACAACAAAGGUGGAGGGACGAUCGCAACCGGACGGCCUCUCAGCUCCUCUUUCGGACAGCGACGACAUAACGUCACAUUCUUCUGAGUUUGAUACUGAGGAGGAGGAGGAUGACUUUGACCAAAAUGCUUCAAACCCCUUAGACAAGUCGUCAUUUAAAAGAGACUCAAAAGAAUGUACGGGUCCCGCAGCCGUAACUGUAGAAGAUCUUCACCCUGAGAAGCCCGACCCCAUCCACGUUAAACAGGAGGAGGAGUCCGACAUGCCGUGGAUCAAACGAGAGGCGGAGCCAGAGACCCCUGACAUUAAAGAAGAAAAACAGGAAGUUGAAAUCCUCAAGUUUCCAAUGGGUGUCGGUGUGAAGAGCGAAGAAGACAAAGGACCAAGCGAAGAGAGCGGAGCAGCGAACCCUUUGAGCGACGGCUCAUUUCAACACGUGACAACAAAAGGAGAGGGACGAUCGCAACCGGAUGGCCUCUCAGCUCCUCUUUCGGACAGCAACGACAUAAUGUCACAUUCUUCUGACUUUGACCAAAAUGCUUCAAACCCCUUAGACAAGUCAUCAUUUAAAAGAGACUCAAAAGAAUUUUGUGGUAAAAGAUACUUAAUGAAGGCAUAUUUAAAAAGUCACACAAGAACACACACUGGAGAGAAGCCUUUUGCCUGCACAAUUUGUGGUAAACAAUUCGCCUAUAAGGUAAGUUUAAACAUUCACACAAGCACACACACUGGAGAGAAGCCUUUUUCCUGCACAGUUUGUGGUAAAAGAUACUUAACGAAGGGAUAUUUAAAAAUUCACUCAAAAACACACACUGGAGAGGAGCUUUUUGCCUGCACACUUUGUGGUAAAAGAUUCACCAAGCAGGGAAAUUUAAACAGACACACAAAAACACACACUGGAGAGAAGCUUCAUCCCUGCACACUUUGUGAUAAAAAAUACUUCACGAAGGCAAAUUUAAACGUUCACACGAAAACACACACUGGAGAGAAGCCUUUUGCCUGCACAGUUUGUGGUAAAAGAUACAUCGAGAAGGGAGGUUUAAAAAGACACACAAGCACACACACUGGAGAGAAACCUUAUGCCUGCCCACUUUGUGAUAGAAAAUACUCCACGAAGGCAAAUUUAAUCAUUCACACAAGAACACACACUGGAGAGAAGCCUUUUGCCUGCACACUUUGUGGUAAAAGAUACAUCGAGAAGGGAGGUUUAAACAGACACACAAGGAUACACACUGGAGAGAAGCCUUAUGCCUGCCCACUUUGUGAUAGAAAAUACUCCACGAAGGCAAAUUUAAUCAUUCACACAAGAACACACACUGGAGAGAAGCCUUUUGCCUGCACACUUUGUGGUAAAAGAUUCACUCAGAAGGUACAAUUAGUAUCGCACACAAGAAACCACACUGGAGAGAAGCCUUUUUCCUGCACACUUUGUGGUAAAAGAUUCACCAAUAAGGGAGUUUUCAACAAGCACACAAGCAUACACACUGGAGAUAAGCCUUAUGCUUGCACACUUUGUGGUAAAAGAUUCACCAAUAAGGGAGUUUUAAACAAGCACACAAGCAUACACACUGGAGAGAAGCCUUUUUCCUGCACAGUUUGUGGUAAAAGAUACUUAACGAAGGCAUAUUUAAACAUUCACACAAGAACACACACUGGAGAGAAGCCUUUUGCCUGCACAAUUUGUGGUAAACAAUUCGCCUAUAAGCAAAGUUUAAACAUUCACACAAGCACACACACUGGAGAGAAGCCUUUUUCCUGCACAGUUUGUGGUAAAAGAUACAUCGAGAAGGGAGGUUUAAACAGACACGCAAGGAUACACACUGGAGAGAAGCCUUAUGCCUGCUCACUUUGUGAUAGAAAAUACUCCACGAAGGCAAAUUUAAUCAUUCACACAAGAACACACACUGGAGAGAAGCCUUUUGCCUGCACACUUUGUGGUAAAAGAUUCACUCAGAAGGUACAAUUAGUAUCGCACACAAGAAACCACACUGGAGAGAAGCCUUUUUCCUGCACACUUUGUGGUAAAAGAUUCACCAAUAAGGGAGUUUUAAACAAGCACACAAGCAUACACACUGGAGAUAAGCCUUAUGCUUGCACACUUUGUGAUAAAAAAUUCUCCUCGAAGGGAAAUUUAAACAUUCACACAAGAGUGGCAGCAAUGCGCCUGGCUGUAGAAGAACGAACAAAGCACAAAGUAGCCUUCAUUGGUUCUUUGUAG